CCUGGUACCUACCACGUAGUUCCUGUUAGCCCAAACGGCGUACGGUUUACGUCAAGCUUUUCAUGUCAGCAUAAGGUAUCCUACGCUCCAUCUAAGCCAGAUGUAACAUGUUUAUUCACUUUUGCGAUGAAGUUGCUGUGUAGGUACUGAAGAAGUAUAUAUAAAAGCCAUAUCCUCAGUGUCUUAGCAAGUUAGCAAGCACAUGAAUCAAACUAUCAGACCCCAUAUACCAAGCUCUUUAGUCCCAUCAAAUUUAAAUCAAAACGGUUAUCAAGAAACGUCAAAUUCUUUGGGAUUGGACCAACACAGGUAGUCCAGAAAAUCCCGGUAUCCCUGAUAAGAUCAACCAAGUCCCCUUUGGUGAUAAGAGCCCAGUUGCCUCUGUGGUAAAUUGGAAUGCCUGGGUUCCCCCUGAGCUCAAGGAUCGAGCGCCAUUCCGGCCUAUGGUCCGCGUCCUUCAGAGCACAUCGGGCAACGACUGGAAUAUGAUUCAGGAUACUAAAUACCCCAUUAUUCUCUUCUUCAAUGAACCCGAGCGUGCCGGAAUAAGUCCCGAGCAGGCAAGAGAUAUCUGGUACAAGCAGAUGCUGCCCCUAAGGAAGAGCAAGGGAAAGAAGCUUGGUUCGCCCGCGGUUGCCUCUGAUGAGAAUGGUCGUAAAUGGAUCGAGAAGUUUAUGUCACUUGUCGCAAGCGAACCACCGGAUUUCCUCUGCUUGCACUACUAUUCAAAGAACCCUGAUGAGGCCAUUAAGUACAUUCAGGACAUGCACAACAAGUGGCCUAAACAAAAAGUUAUGGUCACUGAGAUCGCAUGCAUCGACCGAGACUAUAAUGCUGUUGUGGCAUUCACUGUCAAGAUCUGCAAUUGGUUGGACACACAGGAAUGGGUAUUUGAAUAUGGACUCUUCGACUUCCAACGCAAGGUUGCCGACGACUUCGUCAGCCCAGCUGCCCAGCUCAUGGAUGGAGCAGGAAACUUUACAGAAUUGGGAAAGAUGUACGUCAAUCAGCAGCCCAUCAAGGCACCCGGAAAGACGGAUGUAGCUGUCAAUGCAUUGAAUGUACCGGACAACAACUCAAUAGAGACAAAGACUGGGGGGGGCGUAGCACAAGAUCCCGGGGCUGCCAUCUUUGAAGACCCCGAGGUUUCCGUGAACAUCAACGAGGACUUCAUUGCUGCCGCUGCUCUCGACCCUGACCAGCAGCAGGCUUUGAACAUUCAUAAUGAGAAGCGGAAGUCAAAGGGUGUUGGCCCCCUUGCGUGGGACAACCAGCUUGCAAAGUAUGCCGAAGACUACGCAAAGCACCUAGUGCAGACUGGAAAGCUAGAGCAUUCAACGGGUGACCAAAGACCGAAUCAGGGCGAGAACCUUGCAGGGGCUUCCGACUCGAAGGACACACCCAUGGUCAUGGCUACAGAGAUGUGGAUUGGAGAAGAAAAAAACUACCAUGGCGAACCUAUCGGACAGGGGGAUUUUGGUUCAUAUGGACAUUAUACUCAAUGCGUGUGGAAGUCCACUACCAAGAUUGGACUGGGGUGGGCUAAGGAUGCUAAAGGUGGCGUUUAUGUUGUUGGCAGAUACUCUCCGCCUGGAAACUUUACUGGACAAAAGCCGUACUGACCAUUUUGUUGUAUCGUGGCCUUGGUCCUCUCUGGGGAAAACUCGAUAAAACGGCAAAUCGGGCCUUCUGUCGACGAAUUGUCGAAUUACAAUUAUGUGUAUUCCUUUCUCUGUUUUUAUAGGUUAUGUAGACGACACUCGCUCAUUUUUUAGUUAUGUUAUUGGUCAAUCAUUUAAGUCAAAUAAAAUCAUAUAGCACUUGAAAUAUAACUAUUCUUGAAACUCCA